CAAAAUACUGUAAUAAAAAAUAGUGUUGCAUCCCGGCCGGGGCGGAGCCUGACCGCAGAGGGACUGUUGAGUGCAGUGAGGAGGGCGGAGCGGAGGUCUGACGUCAGCAAAAUGAAAUUAAGAAAAGGGGUGGUACCCUGACCUGGUUUUCUGGAUGGUUCGGGGUACGACAUGAUAUAGCACAUAUUAGGGUGAGGUAGUAGCUCAGGAAAAAUUUCUGGGUAGGACGAGGGAGUAUUUAGGGCGGUUCUUAUGGUCUGAGCAAUGAGAGGUUAAUAAGUAACCGUAAAUAGUUUAUGUUCAAUUUUGUUCUUUACUUUCCCGCAUUUUUAUCCGUUUAAAGUAAAACCGUCGUUGAAAUUAUUUCUUUGUCCUGUAGUGUCUUCCUUGUAACCGGGGCCGGAUUUAGACUCGAUAAGGCCCUAAGCUAUUUGAGACAUGGGGCCCUUUAUAAGUCCAGAUAUUCUAUGUAAGUGCCAAAUAUGAUUUGUUUUGGGGGCCCCCAAGAAGGCGGGUGCCCUAAGCUAUAGCUUGUGUAGCUUAUGCGUAAAUCCCGCACUGCUUGUAACUGGGGGUCGCAACAGCAUCAUGUUUGGGUGGUGGGGUAUUUCCGUAGUUAAGUGUGAGAACAGCAGGAAAAAAAUAUAUUAUCCUGUUUAAAUGUAAAUGUGAGAAAAGAACGAGAUCCGCUAAUAAAAAACACCUCAUACUGAUUCUGAAACAAAGUGCGACUCGCAGUUGACUAAUUCUGUGUAGCUUUGCGAGGCGGCAGAGUGCACGACUUUAUGUUUUUUUUUUUUUAAUCAAAGAGCGCCUGCGUAGUAAUACACAGCCGCUACAACAAUAAUUAACAAUCUUACACAUCGUUAUAAAAUGUGUAAUGUCUACAUCUCAGCCGCAAAACGGCACAUAUCUAAGAGCUACACAUAAUGUAAAUCGUAAAAAAUUAACUAAUAGUUGUGAUACAGCAGAGCUGCCAUUUUAUAAAUAAAUCGGCUCAUCUUCAAAUUUAAUCGGACAGGCAGAAGCAGCGGCGUGCCGGAGAAGGACCGUAGUAAAGACGUCCUUGAGAGAGAGAGAGAGAGAGAGAGGCGGAGGAAGGCCGUGGGCGCGCUUAAAGUUCCAGCUGCAGCUCAUCUUAUCUCGUUGUGUAUGGAUUUGGUCGUGGUCCUUUUAUGAUUCCUGUUGUUGGGGACAUCGCUGCCUCUGGCUGGAGAUGUGUCAUCAGAGGUUGCAGCAUCUAACAUCAGGGACCCAGUGGGUUAAAAGUUCCUGUUCUCUAGCAGUCAUAUCAACUUUGAUAAUUAGGCCCUUCAGAAGAAGACUCCCUGACUGCCACCCCGAUCACAUGCUGAGUCAUUCUCAGAUGUUUAGAUGGGUAUUUACAGCUCAAAGACAGAAGAGAAGUCUGGUGCAGCCUCUUGUAGGAGAAGAAGACCUGAUGAAGAUGUCGCUGCUCUGUCUGAUCUGAUAUUAAAGUUUUCAGAAGUUGUAAAAAGUUUUCCACAUGAAGAUCUCCUCCAGAUCACGAAGUACUACAAGCCCUACCUUGCUUAUGUGAUUGAAUAUGACAUCACCAGCAUCCUGCAGAACCUGGUCACCAAGAACAUCCUCACCAACGAUGAGGCAAAGAGAUUCAAAGUUAAAGAAGAGUCCGAGAGGGUAGCAGGUGUGGAAUCCUUCAUCAGUGAUAUAAUGAAGAAAGACCAAGUGGUGCUGGUCAGCCUGUGGGAGGCACUUGCUGAAGAACUUGAGAGAUUUCCAUCACCAAACCUGACCAGAAUACUGGAGGAGGUAGCAGAGGGGGGAUUACACCUCUUGGAGGAGAUUCGCUUCAGUCUCAAACCCCCUCCACUUUGCCCUCAAAUUAAAGGCCUCCGUGAGAAACACAGAAUGGAGGGGUUUGAAUCCACAGGAUCCCUGGAGGAUCCUUACACCAGAGCUGUGGGCUUUGAGACUCGAUACACAGAGCUGAUUGUAAUUAGUCAUUACAGAAGAACCUUUAAUGAGACACACCAUGAACUUGAGAAGACUGGGAGGACUCAUGCAGAGCUGGUGGAGGAGCGGGCAAAGGAGAAAUGUGAGAGAAUCUGGACUGAGCAGCUUUUCAGAAGGAGUCCUGGACAUAAAACUCCCCCAUAUGUUGUAGUGGUCAGUGGAGUGGCUGGGAUUGGAAAAACCACCAUGGUCCAGAAAGUAAUGUUUGAUUGGACCAGUGGUACUCAGUAUCAGAGGUUUUCAUUUGUGUUUCUGUUUAGAUUCAAGGAUCUCAACUUUCUGGACAAUGAGAAGGAGCCCCAGAUGCCUCUAACCAGACUAAUCGUAAGGCACUAUAAAUAUCUCAAUAAUCCAAAACUGAUAGAAAUCCUGAAGAAGCCUGAACAUCUCCUAUUUAUUUUUGAUGGACUAGAUGAGUACAGACACAAGCUGGACUUCACACGGGAGCAGUUCUGCUCAGACCCAGAGGACUUCUUUCCUGUCCAUGUCUUGGUCACCAGCCUAAUCAGUGGGAUCUUACUAAAGGGCUGUUCAAUUUUGAUCACAAGCAGACCAACAGCUCUGGAGUCUCUGGACAUGAAGAAAGUUGAUAGAUUUGCAGAGAUUUUGGGUUUUUUCCCUGAACAAAGGCUGGUGUACUUUAAGAAGUUCUUUGGUGACACUGAUCUGGGUAAGCAGGCUUUUCAGUACGUGGAGGAGAAUGCCAUCCUUUACACCAUGUGCUUCAACCCCUCGUACUGCUGGAUUAUGUGCUCUGUGCUGCAGAAACAUUUUAUGACAUCUGAAGAAGAGCGAGGAGUCACUCCCAGAACUGUCACUGAACUCUUUGUGAUGUUCCUUGAGAACAUCCUCACGAAGCACAGGAGAGAAGCUGAUGACCAACGAGGAAUACUGGUGAAACUGGGAAAGAUGGCCUAUCAUGGAGUGGCCAACAGAGUUCUUGUGUUUUAUGAUAAGUUUGAGAUGUCUACCUUUGGUCUCCAAUCAGACCUUUCUUCUCCAUUCCUCUCAGGGUUCAUGAAGGAAAUCCUGCAGAGAGAAAGCACUCUGGAACACACAACAUACACAUUCUUCCACCUUACCCUACAGGAGUUCAUGGCUGCCUGCUCUUUUUAUCUUGAUCCACCAAUGGAUAUUGAAGUGUUGAUUGAGAAUCUGGACUCCUGUAAAGAUGGCCGGUUUGAGAUUUUCACUCGAUUCUUGGCAGGAUUAGCCAGACCUUUUAUUUUUGAAACACUUGGGGUAAUUCUGGGGGAUUUAAAAAGGAAGACUGCAAAGCAGAUACUGGAGUGGAUCAAGCAGAAAGCUGAGAGAGCUUUACAAAACAGAAAUAAAACUGAAGCUUUGCAAGUUUGUCAGUGGCUCUAUGAGACUCAGAAUAAGAAUUUAAUCAGAGACGCCACUGGGAAGGAUUUAAAUAUGGACUUUAGAAACACAACGUUAUCUCCUCUGGACUGUGCUGUGCUGGGCUCCGUUAUCAGCUGCUGUGGAGAACUUCAGGAACUUAACCUGUCAUACUCGAAUCUUAGCCCAGAGUGCAUCAGGAGACUGGAGCCUGGCCUUGGCCAUUGUACACAUGUGAAGUUGGACUCCUGUGGUCUCACCUCUGGAUGCUGUGAGUUCCUUUCCUCAGUUCUCUCUUCUGAACACUCACAGAUUGCUGAGGUGCAGCUGGACAACAAUAACCUGUGGGAUUCAGGAGUGAGUCUACUGUGUAAUGGGCUGAGGAACAAAAACUGUAAAUUAAAGAAGCUGAGGCUAAACUCAUGCCACCUGACCUCGGGAUGUUGUGCUGCUCUCUCUUCAAUUCUUUCAGCUGAACACUCACCCCUGACUGUACUGGAGUUAAACAAGAAUAACCUGGGGGAUUCCGGAGUGCGUCAGCUGUGUGAGGGGCUGAGGAGCCCCAUCUGUAAACUAGAGAAACUGAGCUUGGACUCCUGUAGUCUCACUUCUGGAUGCUGCGAGUCCCUCUCAUCAGUUCUGUCUGCUGAACAUUCACAGAUGAGGGAGUUGCAACUGAACAACAAUAAGCUGGAGGAUUCAGGAGUGAGUCUGCUAUGUGAUGGUCUAAGAAACAAAAACUGUAAAUUAGCAAAACUGGGGCUCUUCUCAUGUGGUCUCACCUCUGGUUGCUGUGAAGCCCUCUCCUCGGUUCUUUCUUCAAAACACUCUUGCCUGACUGAUCUGGAGCUCGGACACAACAAUCUGAAGGACUCAGGUGUGCGUCUGCUAAGUGAGAGUCUGAGGAACACAAAUUGUAAAUUGAAUAAACUGAGGAUGAAGAAUAACGGUAUCAGUGUGGAAGAAGAGAGGAACAUGAAGUUACUAGAGAAGGACCUGAAAAGAUCUGGAUGGCAAAUAGAAAUUUUUGCAUAAGGCAAGCAGAAUUGCUGAAUUUCUGUCCUGUCACCAUUUUGCUUAAUGUAAUAAACUAUCUUUCAUUAUUUAUUUUAAAAUUGAUGACACAAAGUUUAGCCAAACUAUUUAAAUUUGUUGUAAGUUUUUUUUUUUUUUAAUAGUUUAAUAAAAUAAAUUGUGGAAAUACUUCAACUUGGCUGUCAGUCAGUGCGCCCUCUAGUGGUAAGCUGUUAAGAUUUGAAAAGAAAAAUGCAGGUUGAGUUCCUACCACUGACUCACCUGACAACUUGUGUUCAAGUACUUAGGACUUCUGAAAUUUUUAAAAAGUAUUUAUCCUUUUUCCAGGAAAUGAUCUGCAUUUAUAGAGUUACUGAUCAGAAGAUUUUAAUAUAAUUAUCCCCUUUGAUACAGUAUUUCACAGUUGUAUUUUCACCCAUUAGACCCAGUUAACUGUUGGUAAUGUUUGUGAGUAUGUGAGGAAUAGAAUGUGCAGUGUUCCCAAUGCAUUUUCGUGUAUGAAAAUAAAAACUAUU